AGCAGCAGAGCCAGAGCUGCCAGUGUUUGGAUACACACUACGCUAGUUCAGUGGCAGGGUUUCUCGCCUUUGUGUCUCUCCAGACGGGACUUGUCAGCACUCAUCUUGACCGCGCGGCAUAGCAGUAUUAUGCGAGCACCGUCCGGAGUGUGGGAGCACCGUGUGAAGUGAGUUUCCUUGAAUCAUCUAUAUGGGCCAUCUUCUCUCGAAAAAUGGUUACCGCCUGAAGAAGAGGACGCGCAAGUUGCAUCACAGGAAGAAGAAGAAGAGGAACUGUUUCCUGCAGCUGCCUUGCAUGCUCUGCUUCAUUGUCCACAGCAAUAGCACCGGUCUUGACGACGACAGUGACCAUUUGGAGGCCAGCAUCAACGGCAGUGCGUGCCGUCACAACAGCAUCACGGGAAUCAGUGUCCCUGGUGUGGGUGGAGUUGGCAUUGGAGCAGCAGCUGCCUCGAAACUUGCUGAGCGAUACGCAACACUCGCAUCUCCUGAGGACUGUUCCAAGUUCCUGUUAUCACCACGGGAGCUCGCCAUCUGGGAGGGCCAAGGGAGGAGCCUUUUAUCAGCUGUUCCUGCCAAACUGAUUCCACCACCGGCGCUGUUCCGGACUGCUGGGGUGUCUGUGACCGUGCCCAUACCUGUACCUGUGCCUGGCUGCACCAGUGACUACACUGAGAUGGUGUGUAAGAGGAAGUGCUCAGAGGUGCAGAGGUGCACCCCCUGUAAGCAGCCGCGCUGCGCCUUCGCAGCCCCUGAUGGAGGGCUGGAGAACGGGGGAGUGGGAGGAGGUGGGGGAGAGGCUGCCUCGAACUCUGAAACUGGCCACUGCCACCUUCCCCUCUGUCCACUUCCCUCCUCCUCCGCUUCUUCUUCCUCUGCCUCCUCCUCCUCCUCCUCCUCACCUGCGGACGGCUGCUGUGGGCUCGGCCUUCAUGCUGACUUGCCCCACAGUUCAGACUCUUCCCCCUGCUGCCUGCAUCAUUACGACGACUGCCAGGCGAGAAGUUCUGACGCCGUUGAUCACUCAAGUAUCAACCACCUGCCUUCCUCCAUCCUUCUUAAGGUGCUCUCCCACUUGACAGUGAAGGAGCGCUGUCUGUGUGCCUCUCUGGUUUGUAAGUACUGGAGGGACCUCUGCUUAGACUUCCAAUUCUGGAAGCAAAUCGACCUCAGUGGCCUACAACAAGUAAACGACGAUCUCCUGGUGAAAAUAGCCUCUCGGAGGCAGAAUGUGACUGAGAUUAACAUCUCAGAUUGCAGAGGGGUCCAUGACCAUGGUGUGUCCUCCCUGGCCUCUCAUUGUCCAGGCCUGCAGAAGUACACAGCAUACCGCUGCAAGCAGCUUGGUGACACGUCCCUGUCGGCCUUGGCUACACACUGUCCUCUGCUGGUGAAAGUGCAUGUGGGCAACCAGGACAAACUAACAGAUGAAGCACUAAAAAAGCUGGGAGAGCACUGCAGUGAGCUAAAGGACAUCCACCUGGGUCAGUGCUACAGUAUCACAGAUGAAGGCAUGGUGGCCUUGGCCAGAGGAUGUCCUAAACUGCAGAGACUCUACUUGCAAGAAAACAAACUGGUCACUGAUCGGUCUGUGCGAGCCGUUGCAGAGCAUUGUCCUGAGCUGCAGUUUGUUGGCUUCAUGGGAUGCCCAGUGACCUCUCAGGGAGUCAUUCAUCUUACUGCGCUACGGAACCUGAGUGUCUUGGACCUACGGCACAUCUCAGAGCUCAACAAUGAGACAGUGAUGGAGGUGGUGAGGAAAUGUCGCAACCUCAGUUCCCUGAAUCUCUGCCUCAACUGGAGCAUUAAUGACAGGUGUGUGGAAAUCAUUGCCAAGGAGGGGAGAAGUCUGAAGGAGCUCUAUCUCGUGUCUUGUAAAAUCACAGACCACGCUCUGAUAGCCAUUGGCCAGUACAGCAGUACCAUAGAGACUGUGGAUGCGGGCUGGUGUAAGGACAUCACAGACCAGGGAGCCACGCAGAUCGCUCAGAGCAGCAAGUCCCUCCGCUACUUGGGCCUCAUGAGAUGUGACAAGGUAAACGAGGAGACGGUGGAGAGGCUGGUGGUCCAGUACCCUCACAUUGUGUUCAGCACAGUGAUGCAGGAUUGCAAGAGAACCCUGGAGAGAGCUUAUCAAAUGGGCUGGAGCCCCAACACAUCAAACGCUUCGUAGCUACUGCUGGUGGUUCACACACACACACACACACACAAACACACACACACACACACAAAAUUACAUAUACACACAAACACAUAGCUACACAGAGGCCCAUUUGGUGUACAGACACAUACACAAUAUUUGCAGCUCAGUCAUGUUUGCCUCUCAUCUUCUGUUCAAACAUGCAUGUGAACAUGUAGCUACACACUCUCAGACAAAGGUCCAGUCAACUGUGUCAUUUGAAGCAAGUUUCCCAUUUUUAUAAUUUAAGUAAAAUAUGGGCCUCUUGGUAUUUUGUAAUUAAGUCAGACAUAAUUUUUCUACCAAUCAUAGGUUAUAAUCAACAAUUUGACUGAAGUGUCAUCAUCAUUAUCAAAAAGUACAAUUACAUCCAAUGCUAUAUACUUUUUUCGGCCAGAACCGUGAGUGACUAGUUUGUUUUGGUGCGAAGCAGUGCACCAGCAAGUAUUAUUUGAUAUCUACUUCAAGUGAGAGUUACUCAGUUGAGUAUUAAGCCUCAUACAUUUUAAGAUGUCUGCAUCACUUUAAGUGUUGGUUAAGAUGCACAAGGAGGAAGGGGGUCGAGUCGGGAGGUUUUGAAGACGUGAAAAAGAUCCAAACGAAUGCAUCUUUAAAUCAAAGACAUACAGGGAUGAUCGGAUGAGGAUUGUUUUUAAUGAAAAUGGAUUAAAAAAGAAUUUCCCAACCGGAACCGAUACUCCCGAGCAUCGCACCAGUGACGGUCCUUUGCGUUGUUUACUUCCUUUGAACUGAAUUCAAUUGCUGCAGCGAGAUCGCACAACAUCAAGCAGAGACUUGGAUAUCAGGACACGACAUCCUACAACUUCAGACUGGAAGAAAAGUGAACUGCCAGGGAUUCAGUCCACACUUGAGGCAUUUUGAGGAAUUCGUGACAUUUAUUUUGUCCAAUUUGAAGAUUUUUUUCCUUUCUUGGAUGUUCAGUAGUGUUUAAGGCAUUUGUGGACUCAUACGUGUUGACAAGUUUGAAGAAGCUCCAUUUGAAGGACAGAGCUCUUCGCUGUGACCCAAUAUGAACAUUGACGCAGUGCAGAAGAAAGAUUCAAACCCCUGGAAAAACGGCAUUGAUUACUUCUCAAAACCUGCAUGUUUACAUUUUGAUCCUCACCUUAUUUUUUUCAGCUACAGAGAAAUUAUCUACAGAUGACCUGACGUUGAAAUGAGCCUCUGUAUGACUCGGGAACAAUGCUGUCUUUUGAUGCCAUGCGUAGAUUUAGGGUUGACUGAGCAUCACCCUGAGUCAGUACUGAAUGAAAUCAAACAGUGCUUGAAAUAGAAGUUGCCUUUACUUAAAAACCCUGGGUCAUGUUAUGAAAAUAUUACCCACAACCACCGUGAUGACAGGUAAGAGGAAAUGUUGCCUUAAGUGGUUAGCAGGUAAUUGCCAUUCAAUUUGCGAAACUGAAAUCGACCCAGAAUUUACUGACGAAAUAUGUUUAUCUGAGUUUAUCUGAUACUAUAUUCCCAUUCUUUGAUCUGAUAUAUACAUAUAGAUAAAUACUGUGUGGGAUUUACUUAGUAAUAUUGUUUUUGAGCAUAUACUUGUAACUUUAGCUAUGUAGCAGUGCAACAAGGGAUUUAUCUUUCUUAGUGGUUUAGGAUGUAAAGAAAAUACUGGCUUGAGCCUAUAACCAGGGCCAGUGGAAGUCGGGUAGGACAGAUCGUUUCAUCUAUUCUAUAGAAAGUCAUAGUGUACAGUUAAAAAUGCAAAUAACCAGGGUAUUUUUCUAUGGUGUGAACCAGCUCUGGGCUCAGCCUCCACACACUGUCACUUGGACAUGAACAAUAGCUUACAGAGCUUAGGGUUUGAGAAGAACUGUAAACUUUCUACAGCACAUAGAGAUUUCAGACAAUUAAAAACACCUUCAUUUUACCCUUGUCAGAAUUUGUAGACUUUAACCGAUGGAGAGUUUCUCCCUCGGCCUGUUUUUGUUCUGUUUCUGUUCUUUUGUAAUCCCCAUAUGCACUUUCUUCUCUGCUAGAUGUUGACACACUUGAUUCCUGAUUUGUUAAGGCAACCGUAAAUGACUGGAUUUACAUAAAGAUGAAUAAAACACUACUACUUCAA